CUUCAUCGUGUGAAUGUUUUGAUUCUGUAAGAGUGAUCAAGUUGAAAAGAAAACGAAAACCCCACAAAAGGGGCUUGUCAGAUACGCAGAGGCGUAUGCUUCCCACCUCUAACCUUGCCUUGACUCUAACAAAGCAACACUUUCCUUAUCUUGGCCAAUCCGUCAAGUCUAAUGAAGGACGAUUCCACACUUCUCAGGAGGAACGUUUCUCAUGACAACUAAUGUACUCACUCUUCUUGGUAUGACGAACAGAAGAGAGAUUCUCCCACAUCACCCAAACCUUCAUGGUAUCGUCCACACUUUCCUUCCUUUUUUUCACAGCCAUCUUUCACCCUGCGCAUAGACUCGGCGGGGUGACCAUCCUCAACGUCACGAAAUCAUGUCAUGGCCCCUUGAUCAACAGUUGUCGUUGGUUUUUGACGCACAUCUUAAGAAACUUCCGUGCAACGUACAGCCAUAAUCAACCCAAGAGUAAUUCUAUCCUCAUUAGAGAGUUUAGAGUCUUUGUCUAUUGACCAGGCAAUUGACUAGGCUUUGGGGGUAUGUCAGCUCGGGAGCCGCAGGAUCCAGUGUCUCUAUGCAUUGUGGUGUAGAGACCCCAACUCGACAAAGGUGCUAUUUCACUGUGAGGAGGCCUCAGCAUACACAAAUCACAAAGAACGAAGUGAUCACACGUCAGUAUACACCACAAGGA